GUAACGUGUGUGUGUGUUUCUCCUCAGCUCAGACAGACCAUGACAAAGUUCUGUCAAGAGCAUUUGGCUCCGAAGGCCCAGCAGAUUGACCAGGAGAAUGAAUUCAAAGACAUGCGGGAGUUCUGGAAGAAGCUCGGGGAACUGGGAGUUCUGGGGAUCACAGCUCCUGCGGAAUACGGCGGAUCUGCUUUGGGGUAUCUGGACCACGUGCUGGUGAUGGAGGAGAUUUCUCGUGCGUCGGCGUCCGUUGGGCUCAGUUACGGCGCCCACUCAAACCUUUGUAUCAACCAGCUGGUGCGGAACGGCAACGAGGCCCAGAAGAAGAAAUACUUGCCCAAGCUCAUCAGUGGGGAACACAUUGGAGCCUUAGCAAUGAGCGAACCCAAUGCUGGGUCUGAUGUUGUGUCCAUGAAGCUGAAAGCAGAUAAGAAAGGAGACUACUUUGUUUUGAACGGGAACAAAUUUUGGAUCACCAAUGGGCCAGAUGCAGAUGUUCUCAUCGUUUAUGCUAAAACUGACAUUAAUGCUGUUCCAGCCUCCCGGGGUAUAACUGCAUUCAUUGUGGAGAAGGGAAUGCCAGGUUUCAGCACAGCCCAGAAGCUCGACAAGCUGGGAAUGAGAGGGUCCAACACCUGUGAACUCAUCUUUGAAGACUGCAAGAUCCCUGCUGAAAACGUCCUGGGGACGCUGAGCAAAGGAGUCUACGUUCUGAUGAGCGGGUUGGACCUGGAGAGACUGGUGCUGUCCGGUGGGCCACUGGGGCUCAUGCAAGCUGUUCUUGACCAUGCAAUUCCGUACCUACACGUAAGAGAAGCAUUUGGACAGAAAAUUGGCCACUUCCAGCUGAUGCAGGGCAAGAUGGCCGACAUGUACACGCGGCUGAUGGCCUGUCGGCAGUACGUCUACAACGUGGCCAAGGCCUGCGACCGGGGACAUUUCAAUGCAAAGGACUGUGCUGGGGUGAUCCUGUACUCGGCGGAGUGUGCUACCCAGGUGGCUCUGGAUGGGAUUCAGUGUCUGGGUGGGAACGGGUACAUCAACGACUACCCCAUGGGGCGCUUCCUGCGCGAUGCCAAGCUCUACGAGAUCGGGGCUGGCACCAGUGAGGUGCGCAGACUGGUCAUUGGCAGGGCCUUUAAUGCCACUUUUAAGUAACGUCCACCAGCAGAGAGGCAGCACCUGAGCACCACGAGGCCUUUGAGGGGCUGGAACGCACAACUCCCUCUUCCUGCUUGUGAUUCUGGGGUCGUCGCUUGCGGACUCUUCCGCCUGCUCCGUGAACAGAUGCUGCUGGACUGGGCUUUGACAAAAUGAAUCAGAUGGCAGCACGGAAGGCAAAGUGUUUUUUUUUUUUUUUCUCUUCUCGUGAUCAUCCUGGUUCAUCCUGUUCAUAACCCAUCCUGAUUCUCAGUGUCACAGGCUGAGGUUUGCCCAGGGGACAUGUCGCCAUCCGAGCAGGCUGGUGAGUGGCCGUUGCCAAGCACAGAAAGUCAACACAACCCCCCCAAAAAAAAGGAAAAUGAGGGAACAAUUUUGUUCUUGUUAAAAACCCAUGAGUGCCAUUAAAUAGGUAGCAUUUAGCAUGUUACUAGCAGAAGGUGAAAUUUCCUAUCGUGACCUUCCAAAGGGAUUAAUAACUCCCAUUUUAGGAACGCAACACCAGCCACAUCAUGGGGGUGGCUGCCAUGAACUCUCAAGUAUCAUCGACACCCAAGCGGUUGUUUUGGGUGAUGAUCCCUAAAACCUCGUUAAAAUCCCACAUGUUUCCUGUGCCUGCUUCCUUUCCUACUCCUGCUGCUUCUCGAGAUGUUUUGGUGCAGCCCCGAGUCUUUGCCGCGCUGACCGACUGCCUCCCGCUGCGUUACUCAUUCUGAGGUGCCACCAUCCAUCACCCUGGGGACAGUUCAAGCCUCAGACCUGCAUUGUGACAUCCGUGAGUGAAGCUGGGGAAGGAGGCUGACUUUUGGGGUUGGGGUUAUCUGUGGGGUUUCUUCCCUGAAGGUUGUUCUUUUGGCAAAGGCACGUACUCACACUCCACCUCCGGUCGGCGAGAGAAGGCAGAGCUGUUUGAGGGUGUUCUCAGUGCAUAUUAUAUACAGCAAAUUGAAGUUUUACCUUGCUUUAUUAAAGAAAUUUGCACAUUAUCCUUCCAGCCUUAAAACGUGAAUCACAAAUAAAAAUUGGAUGUUGUAAAUAAGACAGAACAAUUAAUUAAACAGUUGCCAUGUAGGCAACCCUCCAGCGGUUUUAACAAAAAAGAACUGAAAGCUUUGUGUAUUUUA